AUGUCUGAACGUCUCUCGAACUGCGGCCAACUCCCUGAUAUUUCAAAGCCGCGAUGGAACCAAGAUCUUUUCGAGGGAAGAAUGUAUCACUUUUUUAGCACCGCUAAUUGCUUGAAUUUAUUCGCAUCGAAUAAAAAGCUGGAAGAAGCACGAAAAAUAGUCGUAGAUUACAACCAGGGAAAAUUGGAUCCACACAUGACGGUUGAUGAGUUGUGGAAAGCGAAAACAUUAUACGAUUCAGCUUUUCAUCCGGACACCGGCGAGAAAAUGUUCAUUUUAGGCCGAAUGAGUGCACAAGUGCCAUGCAAUAUGCUUAUUACUGGAGGAAUGCUGACAUUUUACAAAAAAUUCCAUCACAUUGUCUUCUUUCAUUGGAUUAAUCAAUCAUUUAAUGCAAUUGUGAAUUAUACAAAUCGGAGUGGACCUCAUAAAUCAAGCGAAAGGACGAUUUUAAUGUCGUAUUGCGCAGCAACGACGGGAGCUUUGGUAUCAGCAUUAUCAUUUAAUUUUGGGUUGAAGAAAUGGAAGAAUGCUCCACCAUUGUUGGCUCGUCUUGUUCCUUUUGCUGCAAUUGCUGUAGCGAAUGCUAUCAAUAUUCCAAUGAUGCGAAAUAAAGAAUUCAUUGACGGAAUUCCAGUAGAAGACGCUGCUGGCCGCACUCUCGGUUUCUCGACUGAAGCGCCGAAGCACGCAAUUCCACAAGUGGUGCUGAGCCGUGUUGGAAUGGCCACUCCAAACAUGGUAUUGGGUCCCAUCGUAUUCGACCGCAUGUCAAAAUGCUCCUGGUACCGCCCAUCCAUGGCAGCUCCACUUCAAGUCCUCAUUUGCGGAUUCAUGCUUGCAUUUUCAACACCAAUCUGUUGCGCUCUAUUCCCACAAAAGAGCAGCAUCGCAGUUAAGAAGCUUGAGAAGCCAUUACGCGAUCAGAUUCUCGCACUCCCCGAUCCUCCAACAUACGUCUAUUAUAACAAAGGACUUUAA